GUCACCUGUAGUUAUGGAAACAUCACAAAUUAUAACCUACAAAAACUGACAUUUGAGGUGAUAAGAUUCGCCUCAAAUGUGUCCAUUUCACGAAUAAAAGCAACAUGGAUGAGCCCGUUCCUUCAAAUUCUACAGCAGACGAUGACGAAGUUAUUAAAGAGAUUCCAAUUUUCAACUCAACCCGCUUACCAAAUAAUUUAUUCUUACUGCGAUAUCCCCUACUGUCAAAAAAGUGCCCUAAUGAACUCACUCUCCGACGUGGACUUUUUAAACCGAACAAUCAAGAGCUUGAGUUGGAAAUGUGCAUCGACGUAGAAUCGUCGAAUUUUGACAGUGAUAGAGCCGAAUUAAUUGCCCAGGAGGUCGACGGGCCACCAGAGAACCGCAAAUCUACGACUAAAGUUCAUUUUGAAAAUGACUUAGUUGAUAAAGUAUGCCUUAAAUCAACACCGGCCGUGAAGGAACCGAGCAAAUACGCUGCUUUGACGUUCUCUGGCAAGGAGAUACAUUUAACGACACUUAGGAAUAUAUUUGAAUUCCGACCUUCAUUUAUGUAUUUAGAUAAGGGCUCGAGGAAACGCAAAGACACCGAGCAUAAUGACUUGAGUGACGAAGAAGAACCAGGACCCAGUACCGCAGAAGCGGUCACUGUGAAGUUCAAACAAAGUGAUGAUCGGUGGAAGAAAUCAAAGGACUUCAAGACCUUGCAAACAAAAAGUGCCGAUGAGGCUUUUAUUUCCUGCGAGGUUCAUCCAGAAAGCAGCUCUCUAAGUAAAGUGGAAAAAUUGAAGUUGAUGGCCGAAAACACGGAGCCGACGGGGCAGGCUAUGAAUUUGACGGACGCGGAGUAUGUUAGGGUGCUGGUUCCGGAGGACGAAGGGCAAGGAACAACCGAGCCAUCUUCUCCUUCACAUAUUAUGUCAUUGCACACUCUGAGGGCGUCUCCUAUUUCAGAACAGUGUCGAGUGUUGCUGAAAGACGCUCAGAUUAUACAAUUUCAACAGUUGAUGAUGAUUCUCGCAGGUGGUGAGGGUUUGACUGCAGAUACUUUGUUGAGAAACUUGCCGAAAGUUGCUGUGCUAGUCAGGGGGAAUUGGGUGGUGAAGAGCGAAGUGUUGUACCCCAGCAAUACGUUUUCGUCGACCAGUGGGGUACCAGCUGAAUUGAUGUGCCGAACAAGAGAUUAUGUGCUUUAUUUAUUUACCAAAAAUCAAUAUGUCGAGAGGAAGAAAGUUUCGUCAAUAAUGAAGAUACCGUCUGAAGAAGUGAAAGAGAUCUUCAUGGGCUUCUCCAAGUUGAGCCAUAACAAAGGAUGGGAGUUAGUUCUGCCAACUGACAAUGAUUUCAUUGUAAAACAUGGUGAUAUAGUGCAAAAACAAAAAGACGCUUGGGAAGAAAAGUUUAAACAGUUGAGUGAGUUUUUAAAAGACAAUUUGAAACAAAGACGGAAAAGUAAGAGUGUUAGCAGUGAUGAACUCCACUUGCUGUCGGUACCUUUGAUCUCGGCGGGUCCCUAGCGCAUGCCGUAUUGCCGCUUAGUACCUUCGUCGUAGUUGCCACAUCGCCAACAAAUCUCUGUAACGCAUCCCGAGUCCCAGAAUGACAACUAUCAAUUUUACUACAGCUUUUAUGAUUAUAAAAUGAUGUAAAAACUGAAGAUAUUGGAUUUAUUACGAAAA